GUCUCGUCUCACAAAUUGUUUCGCCGCAGCCAACAACACAACACAACAAACGAACUUUUUUCUGAAUUCAGAAAUUUCCGUUGAUAUUUCCUACAAAAAUAUCUUCACUGGACUCAAACAAAGUCGGACGUGUGCGCGAAUCAAGUCGUGAGAUUGUACCCAUUCUACGGUAGUUCUUAAUGGAAACGGCGAAACAUCUCACAAAUUUUUCGGCCGCGGACAAGUAUUGACUAACGUGGUUCGGUUUUGUUGCAAACGCGUUUAUUUUCCAAUUUCAUUUUCGAAUUUUUUUGGCCAGAACGGUUUGUCAGCUGCCUCAAAUGAAAAAUGAAAAUGAAGUGAAAGGUGGAGCAACCAUGUAAAAGGCCGCUUCGAGUUGGCCCCAUUGUAAAUGUAAUUAAUUAAAGUGAAAAUGAUUCAAAGCCAACCACCAACUAAAUAUUUUGCUUGUGUUAACUGUGAAAUGUAGAAAAUACUCCAUACGCCCCGUGUCGGUUGAUUGGAAUCGAAUCGGGUACCUAGUGCCUGCCCACAAGAUCGAUCCACGGUUGUUUAAUUUACACAUAUCAUACAUACAGCAGUUCAUUGAUUUCGCCAAUUAAAAAUCAAUAAAUCAAUAAAACUAUAACCAAGCACUGCUGUACACGACUUUGCUUAACAAAAAUUGUGCUAAUGUCAAGAGAGUGUUUUACAGUGGACCAUUUUUUAUUUCUUCUAUGAGUUCGAUUUAUACACCCAGUACCCAUGAACUAUAAGGGUAUAUUGUAUUUGAGUAGCUUCUGUUUUAAACGCUGACACCGCGGAGACUACUUACAUAACACAUUACAGCAAGCAACCUUCGUUCGCGAAAAUAAAAAGGGGUGGGUCUUAGAGAUUUUGUCAAUAUCAUUUGAAUAUGUGACUAUUAAUAAUAUAAAAGACCAAAGCGUGAACAAUAUCGACUAAACUAAAUAAAUCCUUUCUUCUUUAGUCAUGUAAAUUCCGAAAUAAAGUUUUCGUCCACAUAUCAAACAUAUCAAAAAUAUAUGUGUAUAUUAUUCAACAUAUCUAUGCAUAUAAUACACAUAUCUUAUACAAAUCCAAGAAAUCUACAAAUCCAAGGAUACGAUAAAGUGGAUACAAAUUAUUUAAACUAGUGCACACUUUACUACAUAUCAAAACCACUGAGGACAUAUCAUCAUCGCCACCGAUUGACACAAAGAGUACCAGAACAGUACAUACAUACUAUAUAUUCAGGAAAUCUAGAAUCGAAACGUAAACGUUCAAGUCAAAGUCCAGCUGAGCCCCGCCAAGUGCGCGAUUCACGUAGGAGCCCCACCCAUUUCCCAUUGCACUUCGCAAACUACCGUGACUAGCCGGCUAUAUCGAGUCCGCGAAACAAGUUAGUCAAUUCAAAUAAUGCGCAUACGAUAAGAUCGAUGCUACCAAAAAACUGUAUGUCCCUCCAUGAUAUUCCCAAACGAAAAGAAGAAAGAACUAUGGCGUUAUGCGUCAAAAAACAAUCCGGGUGCGUGCGAUGGGGUGCCAGGACCCACACAGCCACCACAGCCGCCGCCCCCUCCACAUCGACACCGCCCUCAGAUGCUGCGGGGUUCCUCGUUUGGCAGCAGCAGCUUCUUUUGCGAGGAAGCCUCCUUACCGAUGCGACAAACGCCCCCGCCACCAUACAAUUCGAUUCCCUACGCCACAGACUGCUGCGGCCCUUACUGCCACAACAACAGCGGCAGCCCCAACGCCAACAACUGUCGCCUCCCCCGCCCACCACUAAACUUCACACAACAGUUAGUACCACGUGCGGAUACGGUGGGAUCACCACCAACCGCGCUCAGUGCCACAGAAGAGUCGGACUUCAGCUAUACCAAACCUGGAUGCAGCUGCGCAAGCUCUGGCGACGAUAUGUUGAUCGACGAAAACGAUCAAAUGCACCAUCAGACCUCAACGUCGCCUCGUUCCGUGGCAUCAGUGAGUGCGACGACCUUUCGAACGACUGCGGCGAAUAUGUUUCGCAACUGCUGUGGCAGCGGUGGCCAUGCAGCAGAGGCCAGCAGUGGCUCGACUUGCUGGAGCCGCGAGAACACAAUUCCAUUCACAAAACCAGCGCACCCUCAUCCCCAGCAUCGCAUUCGAAAAGACUUCGAUGCCUUGAUGAAGCUGCUGAAGCCAAAGCAACAGUCGGAGCUUUUGCGUGCCGUCAAAAGUCGCGUGGAUCAUCCCUCGAAAAAGUCAAAUAUGGACGCCGUAAUUGCCACCCCGCCGACCGUCUUGCAGUGCAUUCUGAUCAAGUGCAGCACCUCGUCAGCCGACAAGGAGCAGCACUUGAACGCGUGUCGACUCUUCUUUUGGUCCAGCCUCAGGAACGGCAUGGAGCUAAAACGCCUGCCCGCCUGUCCCAGCGCACGAGACUGCGUUUACACCUGUUGCAAUCCACUGCACUGGUAUCGCAUAAUCCACUUCAACGACACAGAGUCCUCACUUCCGCCAUACCAACGUUCCAAAAUAUUGCGACUGAAAGAUGCAGAUUCAGAAGAAGGAGACUACUCCCAAAACGACGGAAAGUCAGCAGCGGCCACGUGGAGCGUACACAGCAACAGCUUUUCGAGCACCAUCAAGCAAUCGGAAUCGCAGUUUCUUGGCCCAAGUAUAGAGUCUUUUACUACUGAAGGAAAAGGUGACACAGUCAACACCAAGGGCUGGUGCCAAAUUGCCUAUUGGGAGCUUUCCAAUCGCGUUGGAGAGUUCUUUCACGCUAGAAAGACAACUGUCAAUAUCUACACAGAUGGGGUUGUGGACAGUGGUGGAGAUAGCAUGUGCCUUCGCGAGCUAACUGCCGUGGGCAGGGGACCUCACUCUGACGCUGUCCAAAAUACACGACAAAAAGUCGGGCUAGGAGUUACAUUGAGCCUUGAAAGCGGCGAUGUUUGGAUUUACAAUCGAGGCAACGUGCCAAUCUUUGUAGACUCUCCGACACUAGCCGAACAUCUGGACCGUGUCUGCAAAGUAAUGCCUGGAUAUUGUCUAAAGGCCUUCGAAACUAACAGGGCUCAACUGUUAAUCACAAAACGGUCUCAUAAUCAUCCAUUGGGACCCAUCGACCGGUUUAGCAUGAAAAUAAGUUUCGUCAAGGGCUGGGGUCAUACAUACAAACGGCAGGAUAUUAUGGGCUGUCCCUGCUGGCUGGAGGUGCAUUUCAGCCACCUGCGGUGACAAUACUUGCUGCUGGCCCUUACGGCAGUAAUUUCACCAGCAGCGCCCUCGCCUCUUUGCUCUGACCAACAGAGUUUCUGGCGGAGAGAGAGAGACUUCCAAUGCUCGCGCCAACUGCUGCGCAAAGUGCAAAAGUUGUUGACCACUCUGUGUAGUAAAGUUUGGUUGGUUACAGAUCCAACCACGGGAACAAAGAGCUUGGAACUGCGUAUACCGAGCUGCCGAUAAGCCAUCAAACAACCAAUAAUUUGGAACCACAAAGGACUGCAAAGAAAUCAUUUAAAAUGUUUACAUAAAUAGCUACUUACUUAAUGUUUCAAUUAACUACAAAUAGGCACAUUGAAAUUAAGCUAUUCAUCAUUAGAUUCGCAUUAAGGGAGGAGAUGUGCGGGAGCUUGAAUUUAAGUAAAUAUCUAGUAAUGAUUGUUAAACAUAUAUAGCUAAAAUUUAAAUACUGUGAUUCACUCUAAAUAUACACACAUAGUAUGUACAGACGCAUAGGUAGGACUAUGCGAGUAGAUGUGGCAUACAUAUAUAAAUAUUUAAAUUAUAUAGACAUGCAUGUAUACACGUGUACGAUAUUUGCGCCCAUUAAAUUUAACUAAAUACGAAUAUGGAUCCGAUCCUGAGCACCAAAUGUAUAUACCCACAUUGAACCCCAAUCUACCCAAAUCAAAUGAGAUCAAUCAUUAUUCAAAUAUAAAAAGGUUCAGUAGAAAUUUUUACACAAACGUGCAUAUGCAUAUUACGUUACACAUUAGUUAGUAUCCUAAAUUUUGGCGCAUACGGAUAGAAUUGCUUUGGAGCUAGCAAACGUCAAGUUCAAACAUUUUUAUUUUUUUAUGUUGAUAUUUUGACGGUUUUUAUUUUUCAUAGCUUUUACCGGAAACAGUAAACCUCCCUCCCCGACAAAGACACACCUCACCUUGUCACGCCGAAGUUUAUAUACCCUUAAAUUUCAACGAAAGUAAAUCGGAACCUUUCAAACAGACUAUCAGGCUGUUACGUAAAAUGGAAACGUGAACGCUUGAUGCGAUUCUAUAUAAACAAAGAAGACUUGUUUUUUGAUAAAUUGUUCCUUUGGCAGCUACAUAUAUACAAAUAGAGGUCCGAUCCGACGAAUUUCGAUAAAUGAUUAGAGAGAUUUGCUUGCAAAGAUAAAGAUGGAUAUGGUGGAGAGGCAUCCUAGUGUUUAUCACAAUCAUCCGACCAAUUUUAUAUCAAAUUGCGCAUACAAAAAUUUCAGUUUGGGAUUUUAUGUAUUCGUCUAUUUUUGUUUAAAUGUCGCCAGUUUCAGUUGCAUUUCUAGAUCUCAGAAAUGCAAAUAUGAGCAUUGGGUGUGGCAUUCAAAAUCCGUGCGCUAGGUUUAGUAUUUUAUCCGUGUACAUCUACCGAACCGAACCAUAUGGCAGUCAAUUAGACUCUAGAAAUGGUUGCCACUUCUGAUAAUUAUUAUCAUAGUUUGGUUUAAACAUUUCAUUGUUUCAAAGAUCCAGUAACUUCAAAACAAUGGUCUUCAUUUAAAUGUAAAUAGUUUAAGAAACGAGUCUAACAAAUUGUAUAAUAGAAAAAGUAAAAUAACUGAGCUGAUUUUUCCACUGUCCUUCAAAUUGGAAUGAGACAGAUGUACUAUAGAUAUAAAUAUGAUCAAAUAUAUAAUCACAGCAGUUAUACUGUUAAGUUUUAACAUA